GCCGAUUGCAUAGCAUACCUCAAACCACAAUCGAUGACAGAGCAGACCACUCGCUAUUGGCAAGUGCCGUUUGUCAUUCCAAAUUUAAAAUCCUAAGAGCCACAAUCGAUAUUCAAACUAAGAAUGUCUCUUCGCGAAUUUCCUCGAGUCUGGGGUUCGUUUGAAAGAAGGUUCGAAAAUCGGACGUUAAAAUUUCAGAUAGAAGACGUUUCUGAGGCAUUGUGGGAUACUACUGUGGAGUUUAUGCUUGGAAACUACAUUCAGGAAGAUGUGUGGUGGCUCACUGCCGGUACAGCAGAAGAUCCGGUAGCAGUGCAAGAAUACCGCAUCCUUCUGUCCGCUAUAGUCCAGCAGAACAUGUCUCUAGCCUGCCUGCUAACCGAGGCGGAUGGCUCGGGGCGGUCGCUCGUAGCAGUCAAUAUGUGCAUGCCGCAAAAAAAGGGAUUCUUCAUUGAACACAGCCCGCCUAAAAGCAAAGCUGGGUUGUUGUCACUCCGAAUGUUCGCCGAGGCGAUGAAAGUGACGACGAUUUAUGACAAGUUCGAGGUGAAUGAAUAUAUGAUGGGGAGCGGCCUCUCCGUGGCCCCACAGUACCGCGGCCUGGGCAUCGCUGUGGAACUGCUCAAGGCAAGAUUAAACCUCGCGAAGACAUUAGGAUUCAAAGUGACCGGUGGAAUAUUUACCAGUGAGUCAGCACAGCGGUCUGCUGAAAAAGCUGGGUACGAGUGCUGCUAUCAAACCCCUUACAAGGAAUUCGGGAACCAAUGCGACAUACACUUUGAUACUAAAACAGAAUAUUUGAAAAUAUUUGCGAUUAAAGUCUGAUGAGACUCGAAAUGCC